CAGCACCAUGUCGGGCCCGAGCGCCGUGUCGGACCCGCAGCACCCGGCUCGGCUGCUGCGGGCGCUCAGCUCGUUCCGGGAGGAGACGCGGUUCUGCGACGCGCACCUGGUGCUGGAGGGCGAGGAGAUCCCGGUGCAGAAGAACAUCCUGGCGGCCGCCAGCCCCUACAUCAGAACAAAAUUGAAUUACAAUCCUCCAAAGGAUGAUGGCUCAACAUACAAGAUUGAACUCGAAGGGAUAUCUGUUGAUAUCAUGAAAGAGAUACUAGAUUACAUCUUCAGUGGGCAGAUCAGGCUAAAUGAAGAAACUAUCCAAGAUGUGGUACAGGCAGCUGAUCUCCUGCUGCUUACAGACUUAAAAACUCUCUGCUGUGAGUUUUUAGAAGGUUGCAUAGCUGCUGAGAACUGUAUUGGUAUUCGGGACUUUGCACUGCACUAUUGUUUGCAUCAUGUUCACUACCUUGCCUCAGAGUAUCUGGAAACUCACUUUCGAGAUGUCAGCAGCACAGAGGAAUUCUUGGAACUGACUCCUCAAAAACUGAAAGAAGUGCUGUCGAUGGAAAAGCUCAAUGUUGGAAACGAAAGAUACGUCUUUGAAGCGGUCAUUAGGUGGAUUUCUCAUGAUUCAGAAUCCAGAAAGGUCCACAUGAAGGAUGUCAUGUCGGCGGUGUGGGUGUCGGGGCUGGACGCAGCCUAUCUGCGCGAGCAGAUGAUGAGCGAGCCGCUGGUCCGCGAGAUCGUCAAGGAGUGCAACAACAUCCCCCUGACACCCCCGCAGCAAGGAGAGGCCAUGCUGGCCUCCUUCAAGCCCCGGGGCUACUCCGAGUGCAUCGUGACUGUUGGGGGGGAAGAGAGAGUAUCACGGAAACCAACCUCAGUGAUGCGGUGUAUGUGUCCUCUUUAUGAUCCCAAUAGACAGCUCUGGAUUGAACUUGCUCCUAUGAGUAUUCCAAGGAUCAAUCAUGGAGUAUUGUCAGCAGAAGGAUUUUUAUUUGUGCUUGGUGGUCAGGAUGAAAACAAGGGAACGCUAAGCUCUGGAGAGAAAUAUGAUCCAGACACCAAUUCAUGGAGUUCCUUACCACCAAUGCAUGAGGCACGGCAUAAUUUUGGUGUGGUAGAGAUUGAUGGGAUUCUGUAUAUUCUGGGAGGCGAGGAUGGUGAAAGGGAGCUGAUCUCUAUGGAGAGCUAUGAUAUUUAUAGCCGGACCUGGACCAAGCAGCCAGACUUGACCAUGGUUAGAAAGAUUGGCUGCUAUGCAGCUAUGAAGAAGAAAAUCUAUGCAAUGGGUGGAGGCUCCUACGGAAAACUCUUUGAAUCUGUGGAGUGUUACGACCCCAGGACUCAGCAGUGGACAGCAAUCUGUCCUCUCAAAGAGAGGAGAUUUGGGGCAGUGGCCUGUGGAGUUGCCUCUGAGCUUUAUGUAUUUGGUGGGGUCAGGAGUCGUGACGACAGCCAAGCCAGUGAGAUGGUGACGUGCAAAUCAGAGUUUUAUCAUGAUGAGUUUAAAAGGUGGAUUUAUCUAAAUGACCAGAACCUAUGUAUCCCAACUAGCUCUUCUUUUGUGUACGGAGCCGUGCCCAUCGGAGCCAGCAUAUACGUGAUUGGAGAUCUUGAUACAGGUACAAACUAUGACUAUGUCAGGGAGUUUAAGAGGAGCACGGGCACCUGGCAGCGCACUAAGCCGCUGUUCCCAUCGGACCUGCGCCGGACGGGCUGCGCGGCGCUGCGGAUCGCCAACUGCAAACUCUUCCGACUGCAGCUGCAGCAGGGGUUGUUCCGCAUCCGCGUACCUUCUCCGUGAUCCGCGUGCUGCCAGGGGAGGAGACUGGAAGAGUUCUGUGCAGUCCACCAUAAUCUAGCUCUAUUUAAAGGAAAAGCUGAGAAAUUACAGCUGAAACUUACACUGUAUGCUGUGCUUUGGUAUGGUAACUGUUUUUGUUUUAAAUGCUUACAAAGCUUGAGUCUCAGUACUUGUUUUGGGAACAAAUAACUUAAGUACACAUUAAAAAGAGGAGAAGGGGGAAAAUAAAAGGGGAGAUCAAGGAAACACCUUUCAGUCGUAACCAUCUGGAGUUUAAACCGUGUCAUUGAAGGAGGAUUUUUGUGUCUGAAACUGGUGAGAAUCGGUUUCCUUUGGCGAAGCUUAUUGAAAAGCAAAAAAAAAAAAAAAAAAAAAAAAAGAUUUCAGGUGCGUUUCCCCUGCGGGGAACUGAUACGAAUCCGUGUGCUAUCUGGAACUGGAUAGCUGUAAUACACAGAAGCUCCACGAUAACCAACCUCCCUGCUGUGCUGCUGUUGGAGCGUGAGGCCACAGGAGGUGUUGGUCGUUGCACCUUUUAUUUCUAGUCCUUCCUCAAAAGAUAAGGUCUGUGCCUAAAAAGUGGUGGAGGUGUGUACAUACGGUUUUUCAUUCAUUUGCAGCGGUUUCAUUCCGACAAAUAUUUUUAAUAUACAUAUAUAUAAAAUGGACUAAUCUGAAAUGGAUACACCCCAGGAAACGGAUACCGUACACCACAAAGAAGUAAACUGUUUUUUUUUCUACGCUGUCAUUCGAGUAGCCUGAUGAACUGGUCUGCAGGUGGGUGGCGUGCACUUCUGGGUGGGCUUUGGUGGCUGUUUUUCCUUGAAGUGAGAAGGGAAGGCAUGUUUGGAACAGUUAAUAAUGAUUGCUGCUUUUGGUAAGAGCAAAAGGACAAAUUAAAUGGUGUUCCUUUUUACUUCAGAUUGCUUGCAAGCUAAGAAUGGUUUUUAAGAGUGAGGAUCAUAGAAAAGUGUAUUUUAUGUCUCUUAGAACAAAGGUUAAAUGUGACAAGGAUAUAUUUAUUUUGCAGAAAACAUGGGGUUUGGACUAAGAGUUAAGGAAAAUUUGUACAAUGACUUUAAAUUGGGAUCAAAACUUGGUUUACUAAUGAUUUCUGUGCUACAGUACAGUCUUGUUUACUGCUGUCUGACUUUGAAAGCUGGGUUUUAUGGUGUGGUUAUAGUGAAGAACUUAGUAUCUUGCAUUUUAUUUCUUACUAAGCCUUGUUCUCAUCAGUAGUGAUAUUUAAUUGACUUUUGUUUGUAGUCAAGAUCAGCUGGUAGGACAGUUUUACCUCAAUUUUUGAUUUCAUUGUUGUUAUGAUGGGUGGGACAUAACCUGUAUUUAUUUAAAAGGAAUAAAAUGGGAGAGAUAGAAAAUAGAAAUAAUACCUCCUGCCCUUCAGAAAAAGAGACUUUGUACAACCAGUAUUAUAACUACAUACAAGACUUUCCAUUCUGCAACUUUGUGGACCUCAGACAAGCCAAACUCUGCCCUCAGUUGUGUUAGUGUAAACCUUCAUCAUCUUUAUUGAAAUCAUCUUACAUAUGUUGAAAUAUUAUCCCAAACUAGUUCAAAAUAUCAGUAUUUCACUAAAUAGUCCGUGAGGAGCCAUUCUGAAA